AUGGCCUACUGUUGCUUCACACGUUCCUUUGUGUCACUUUCCCAUCACAUUUCAUGUUUCGCUCACUCUUUCCCUCUUGAAUUAGUUACCUCUUACUUGUACCGUGGUACCUUGGUUCUUGAACUUAAUCCAUUCCGGGAAUCUGUUCGACUCCCAAAACCAUUCGGAAACCAAGGUGUGGCUUCUGAUUGGCUGCAGGAGCUUCCUGCAGAAGCCACGUCGGAUGUUCGACUUCCAAAAAACGUUCACAAACCGGAACACUUCUGGGUUUGCGGCGUUUGGGAGCCAAUUUGUUCAGGAGCCAAGUCGUUCAAGUACCAAGGUACCACUGUAUAUGCAAUUACUUACAUUUGCAAUUUUUCAUACUCACUUUGUUUCUUUGCACAGUAUCUUGCUUGCUUACUCACUACUCCUUCCUUCCUUCUUUCCUUCCUCUCUUCCUUCCUCUCUCUCUCUUUCUCUUUCUUUUUCAAGUUGCUUGCCUCUCUUUCAAUCACUUGCUUUUUAAAUGCAUCACUAGGGAUGAAAUUAGUUGAGAAAAUGACCUGUUCAGGCUCUCUCCAGGUCCUUCAGCAAUGUACCAGCUAUUGCCGGCUGUCCAUGGUUUGA